GACAAGACCCCCCUGCAGCAGAAGCUGGACGAGUUCGGGGAGCAGCUGUCCAAGGUCAUCUCGCUCAUCUGCGUGGCCGUCUGGGCCAUCAACAUCGGCCACUUCAACGACCCCGUCCACGGCGGCUCCUGGAUCCGCGGCGCCAUCUACUACUUCAAGAUCGCCGUCGCCCUGGCCGUGGCCGCCAUCCCCGAAGGUCUCCCCGCGGUCAUCACCACGUGCCUGGCGCUGGGCACUCGCCGCAUGGCCAAGAAGAACGCCAUCGUCCGCAGCCUCCCGUCCGUGGAGACCUUGGGCUGCACCUCGGUCAUCUGCUCCGACAAGACCGGCACGCUGACCACCAACCAGAUGUCCGUCUGCAAGAUGUUCAUCGUGGACAAGGUCGAGGGCGACCUUUGCUCCUUCAACGAAUUCUCCAUCACCGGCUCCACCUACGCCCCCGAGGGGGAAGUGCUGAAGCAGGACCGCCCGGUCAAGGCCGGCCAGUACGACGGCCUGGUGGAGCUGGCCACCAUCUGCGCCCUCUGCAACGACUCCUCGCUGGACUACAACGAGUCCAAGGGGGUCUACGAGAAGGUGGGCGAGGCCACCGAGACGGCGCUGACCUGCCUGGUGGAGAAGAUGAACGUCUUCAACACCGACGUCAGGAACCUGUCCAAGGUGGAGCGCGCCAACGCCUGCAACUCCGUGAUCAAGCAGCUGAUGAAGAAGGAGUUCACGCUGGAGUUCUCCCGGGACCGCAAGUCCAUGUCCGUCUUCUGCUCGCCGGCCAAGGCCUCGCGCGCCGCCGUGGGCAACAAGAUGUUCGUCAAGGGCGCCCCCGAGGGGGUCAUCGACCGCUGCAGCUACGUCCGGGUGGGCACCGCGCGGGUGCCGCUGACGCCGGCGGAGGAGAAGAUCCAGAGCGUCAUCAAGGAGUGGGGCACGGGCAGGGACACCCUGCGCUGCCUGGCCCUGGCCACCCGCGACACUCCCCCCAAGAAGGAGGACAUGCUCCUCGAGGACUCCACCAAGUUCGCCGAGUACGAGACGGACCUGACCUUCGUGGGCUGCGUGGGGAUGCUGGACCCGCCCCGCAAGGAGGUGAUGGGCUCCAUCCGGCUGUGCCGCGACGCCGGCAUCCGCGUCAUCAUGAUCACCGGCGACAACAAGGGCACGGCCAUCGCCAUCUGCCGCCGCAUCGGCAUCUUCGGCGAGGACGAGGAGGUGUCCGGCCGCGCCUACACCGGCCGCGAGUUCGACGACCUGCCGCUGUCCGAGCAGCGCGAGGCCUGCCGCCGCGCCUGCUGCUUCGCCCGCGUCGAGCCCACCCACAAGUCCAAGAUCGUGGAGUUCCUGCAGUCCUUCGACGAGAUCACCGCCAUGACCGGCGACGGCGUCAACGACGCGCCGGCGCUGAAGAAGGCCGAGAUCGGCAUCGCCAUGGGCUCGGGCACGGCCGUGGCCAAGACGGCCUCGGAGAUGGUCCUGGCCGACGACAACUUCUCCACCAUCGUGGCGGCCGUGGAGGAGGGCAGGGCCAUCUACAACAACAUGAAGCAGUUCAUCCGCUACCUCAUCUCCUCCAACGUGGGCGAGGUCGUCUGCAUCUUCCUGACGGCGGCGCUGGGGCUGCCCGAGGCGCUGAUCCCGGUGCAGCUGCUCUGGGUCAACCUGGUCACGGACGGGCUCCCGGCCACCGCCCUGGGCUUCAACCCGCCCGACCUGGACAUCAUGGACAAGCCCCCCCGCAGCCCCAAGGAGCCCCUGAUCUCCGGCUGGCUCUUCUUCCGCUACCUGGCCAUCGGGGGCUACGUCGGGGCCGCCACGGUCGGAGCGGCCGCCUGGUGGUUCCUCUUCGCUGAGGAUGGACCCAGCAUCAGCUACUACCAGCUGACCCAUUUCAUGCAGUGCAGCGAGCACAACGCGGAGUUCGAGGGCCUCGACUGCGACGUCUUCGAGUCGCCGGUGCCGAUGACGAUGGCGCUGUCGGUGCUGGUGACCAUCGAGAUGUGCAACGCCCUCAACAGCCUGUCCGAGAACCAGUCCUUGGCCCGGAUGCCGCCGUGGGUGAACAUCUGGCUGGUGGGCUCCAUCUGCCUCUCCAUGUCCCUGCACUUCGUCAUCCUCUACAUCGACCCCCUGCCCAUGAUCUUCAAGCUGACGCCGCUGUCGGUGACCCAUUGGCUGAUGGUCCUCAAGAUCUCCUUCCCGGUCAUUCUGCUGGACGAGGCCCUCAAGUUCAUCGCCAGGAACUACCUGGAGGCGGACGAGGGCCCCCGGAAGACGCGGAAGUGACGCCUUGGGGACACCUUGGGGACACCCCGGGGACACCUUGGGGACACCCCGGGGACACCCCCACCCCCCCCGGGGGGGGCCC